CAUCAAUCUCAUUACUUGCUACAGGCACUGAUGCCAGGGUAAUUACCCUGGUGAACAACUGUAACACUACCAUAUGGCCUGGUUUUCAAGUUGUAAUGGCAAGUCAACGGUCUGAAUUUAUCGAGGAUGGUUUCGAGUUAAGACCUGGACAAUCAGCAAAUCUUACAGCACCAGCAGUUUGGUCACUCUACAUCUGGGGUCGUAGUGGGUGCUCAUUCAACAGCCUCGGCUAUGGUGGAUGUGUCACUGGUGACUGUGGCGGCACACUGAGAUGUCCCCUAGGACGCUUCCCUAACCUACCAAUUACGAUGGUCACACUUUCCCUGAAUAAUAAUUUGUUCGACACUUAUGGAGUUUAUCUUGGUGCGGGGUUUAAUAUUCCUGUCUCUAUAUCGCCUUAUGGACCUGGUUCUGAUCAAUGCCAGGAGUCAAGUUGCCUUUCGGACGUGAACAGCAUUUGCCCGGCUGAGUUGCAAGUAAGAGUAAAUAAUAUGAUUGUAGCAUGCAAAAGUGCCUGCCUUGCAUUCAACAGGCCUGAAUUCUGUUGCUUAAAUACCAAUGGUACGAACACUGCUUGCAAGCCAACGAAUUAUACGACCAUGUUCGAGGGAGUAUGUCCUGCAGCUAGCGCUGAUGGCUCUAGUCAGAAUAUAUUUAAGUGCAGCGGAUCUCAGUUCUUCGUCAGCUUUUGUUGAGACUGCUUAUUGAUCAACAUAAUAAAAUAUAUAUGUACCAACACAUAUUUGUAUUUCUGCAAUGGCCAUUUAUGAUUGGAGAAUCUUAGUACAAACUCUAUGGCGGGCCUUUCUGCCAAAAUGAUCUGCACCUAGCUUUUAAAGAGAAAGUCAUGUAAUAAUACUUCCUUAUCUUCUCCUUA